AUUCAAUGCUGCAGAAUUAUCCCUUAAAACCCCUUUGUUGAGUUCAGUAGAGGACUGUGCUCUCCAGUGACAAUGUAUGUGACCCCCAUUGUGCUGUCAGUGCUCUGCACUGCUGUCUGCAUCUGGGGGGCCUCUGCUGCACCCAAGAAUGUCACUGCCACCCUGGUCUUCAAUGUCAGCAACAAGACACAGAGCAAGAGCCCCUCAAGCACUCAAGGAGCCAAUGGGACCGCGCAGCCCACAGUCUAUGUCAGUGAGGAUCUGGAGGAGCCUGUACCUAAGGACAGAAGGCUGAGGUUGUCUGAGGAGAAACCUGCAGACAAGAAAGCAAAGGUGGCGAAAAAAAAGGUUAAAAUAGUCAAAACGGUGAAAGUCGUGACGAAGGUGAAAGAGGAAAAGACCAGUCCAGGAGCAGGAGGAACCAAAGAGGAACAUUGUCCCCCAUUGGGACUGGAGUCUUUGAAGGUGUCUGACCCCCAGUUAAGGGCCUCCAGUAUAAAACAGUAUGGACUGGGCUCCCACCGAGGACGCCUGAACAUACAGUCGGGGAUCUAUGAUGAUGAUUUUUAUGAUGGCGCUUGGUGCGCUGGGGAGAAGAACAAGAAUCAGUGGUUAGAAGUUGAUGCCAGGCGUCUGACUCGCUUCACAGGAGUCAUCACUCAGGGGAAGAACUCCAUAUGGACGGAUGACUGGGUGACAUCUUACAAGGUGCAGGUCAGCAAUGACACCCACACGUGGAAGACCUGCAAGAACGGCACAGAGGACGUGAUUUUUAAAGCCAAUCAAGACCCUGACACUCCAGUACUGAACAAGCUGCCCACCCCCAUUGUUGGACGAUACAUCAGGAUCAACCCACAGACAUGGUUUGAGAAUGGUACCAUCUGCUUGAGAGCAGAGAUUCUGGGAUGCCCUCUUCCAGACCCAAACACUGUUUUCAUGUGGGAACAGGAACCACAGCCGACCGACAAGCUGGAAUUUAAACACCACAACUACAAUGAGAUGCGUAAGCUGAUGAAGAAGGUUAACGAAGACUGUCCAAAUAUCACACGUGUCUACAGCAUCGGCAAGAGCUACCUGGGGCUCAAAAUGUAUGUGAUGGAGAUAUCAGACAACCCAGGACAGCACGAGCUAGGGGAGCCGGAGUUUCGCUACGUGGCCGGGAUGCAUGGGAAUGAGGUGUUGGGUCGAGAGCUGAUGUUGAACCUCAUGGAGUAUAUGUGUCAGGAGUACAAGAAGGAAAACCCAAGAAUUGUGAGACUCAUCAAAGAGACACGUAUACAUCUCCUGCCCUCCAUGAACCCGGAUGGAUAUGAAAUGGCCUACAAACUGGGAUCUGAGCUGUCUGGCUGGGGUAUCGGUCGCUGGAAUUACCAAGGAAUUGAUCUAAACCACAACUUUGCCGAUCUGAACACGCCUCUGUGGGAUGCAGAAGACAAUGAGCAGGUCCCAGAGCACUUCCCCAACCAUUAUAUCCCUAUCCCUGAGUACUACACUAUGGAAAAUGCCACGGUGGCUCCAGAGACCCGCGCCAUCAUUGAUUGGAUGCAGAAAAUCCCAUUUGUCCUCAGUGCUAACAUGCAUGGUGGAGAACUUGUGGUGAGCUAUCCUUUUGACAUGGCUCGUUCCUACUGGAUGGCCAAGGAGUUGACCCCCACAGCAGAUGAUGCCAUGUUUCGCUGGCUAGCCACGGUCUACGCAUCUAGUCACCGCAUCAUGUCUGACGACAACCGCAGGAUCUGCCACUACGAUAACUUCAUUAGGGUUGGAAACAUCAUCAAUGGAGCAAACUGGCACACAGUGGCUGGCAGUAUGAAUGACUUCAGCUACCUUCACACCAACUGCUUCGAAGUGACGGUGGAGCUGUCCUGCGAUAAAUUCCCACACGAGACGGAACUUCCCAUUGAGUGGGAGAAUAACAAGGAAUCUCUUCUUCUCUACAUUGAGCAGGUGCAUCGCGGGAUUAAAGGCGUUGUGCGUGAUAAAGAUACAAACCAAGGAGUCCCUGAAGCUGUCAUAGUGGUGGAUGGUCUCAACCAUGAUAUUCGCACAGCUGUUGAUGGAGAUUACUGGCGUCUCCUGAAUCCAGGAGAGUACGAAGUCACUGCAAAAGCGGAGGGAUAUCACCCAUCUACUAAAUACUGUCAUGUCUCCUAUGAAGACCGUCCAACCAUCUGUGAUUUCUACAUCUCCAAGACUCCAAAGCAACGCCUGAAGGAGCUGCUGGCCAAUGGAAAGAAGCUGCCCAAAGAGCUUCUACUACGUAUCCGACAGUUGAGGAAUCGCAAGCUGAAGUCCAGAAGCCCCAAGUGAAUGGCCGGAAAGUACAAACCAAGGACAUAAAAGCAAGAGAGGAAUGUGCAGUGUCAGACUACCCAACAAAUCCAAGUCCUUCAGACUCAUAUAAUCGUUGUCUUCUGCUUCUCACUGUAGAACUGGGAAACUGGAGAACUAUUUCAGACAUUUAUGGUAGAGAAGCUGCUGUAGGCUUAAUUUAAAUCUAGAGGUCAUAUAGAAGGGGAAUAUCUUGUGUAAGAUGAGACUGAAGUUGCAGUAAUAAGUUUCAGGCUAGAAUUGUCCAAUCUGGUAAAAUGUGUGAGUUCUUCUCCACAGACACAUGAGUAAAAGGACACCAUGGGUCCUCGCUCUACAUCUUAUAGAAGUUCUGUACGGUCAUGCAGGCCUGACGUUGACAACUAUGAGUUAAUCUUUAGCAAUGUAAACAUCCAACAACUUUUUGGCAAGAUCAGAUCUCGUCUAUCGAUCUUCAUCUACAGAAACACUUUGAGGGGAUGUCUAUUUCCUUGAACCUGUAGAUAAAUUACUUAAAGGGGUUGUCUCAUCAUGGACAAUGGGGGCAUAUUGCUAGGAUAUGCCCCCAUUGUCUUAUAGGUGCAGGUCCCAUCCUAUAUCGAAAACAGAGCCCUGCAUGCACCCUCCAUU